UGGUUUUCUAGCUGCCUCCCCUGUUAGCUGCCGCUUGUCAGCAGCUGGCGGAGCUGGAGGCUGCAGGCCCCUGUCUGCAGAGAGCCUUUUACUUCAGAAUAUUAGGGGGUGUGGAAACCUCAUUUCUUCUUUCCUUCACUUUGCACCAUCUGACUGACUAAAUGGUUGUCCUCCGUACCAAAAAGGCUGUCAUACAAUCCAAGGAAAUUGCCUCUGACUAGGUCAUGUUUGCAUUUGAAGAAUUCAGUGAACAGAGUAUCUGCCAAGCACGGGCUUCCGUGAUGGUCUACGAUGACACCAGUAAGAAAUGGGUACCAAUCAAGCCUGGCCAGCAGGGAUUUAGCCGGAUCAACAUUUACCACAAUACUGCCGGCAACACCUUCAGAGUCGUCGGGGUCAAGCUACAAGAUCAGCAGGUUGUGAUUAAUUAUUCAAUUGUGAAAGGGCUGAAGUACAAUCAGGCAACACCCACCUUCCAUCAGUGGCGAGAUGCCCGUCAGGUCUAUGGCUUAAACUUUGCAAGUAAGGAAGAGGCAACCACUUUCUCCAAUGCGAUGCUCUUUGCCCUGAACAUCAUGAAUUCCCAAGAAGGAGGCCCCUCCACACAGCGUCAGAUGCAGAAUGGCCCCUCUCCUGAGGAGAUGGACAUCCAGAGAAGACAAGUGAUGGAGCAGCAGCAGCACCGCCAGGAGUCUCUGGAGAGAAGAAUCUCUGCCACAGGGCCCAUCCUCCCACCUGGGCAUCCUUCAUCGGCAGCCAGCGCCACCCUCUCCUGUAGUGGACCUCCACCCCCACCUCCACCCCCAGUUCCACCUCCACCCACAGGGGCUACGCCCCCACCCCCGCCUCCUCUGCCAGCUGGAGGAGCCCAGGGGGCCAACCACGAUGAGAGCUCUGCAUCAGGACUAGCUGCUGCUCUGGCGGGAGCCAAGCUGAGGAGAGUGCAGCGGCCAGAAGAUGCAUCAGGAGGCUCCAGUCCUAGUGGGACUUCAAAGUCCGAUGCCAACCGGGCAAGCAGCGGGGGAGGUGGAGGAGGCCUCAUGGAAGAGAUGAACAAACUGCUGGCCAAGAGGAGAAAAGCAGCCUCCCAGACAGACAAGCCCGCUGACAGAAAGGAAGAUGAGAGCCAAACGGAAGAUCCUAGCACCUCCCCAUCCCCAGGGACCCGAGCCACCAGCCAGCCACCUAAUUCCUCAGAGGCUGGUCGAAAACCCUGGGAACGGAGCAAUUCGGUGGAGAAACCUGUGUCCUCAUUGCUGUCCAGAACCCCGUCUGUGGCUAAGAGCCCCGAAGCUAAGAGUCCCCUUCAGUCGCAGCCUCACUCUAGGGUGAAGCCUGCCGGGAGUGUAAAUGAUGUGGGCCUGGAUGCCUUAGAUUUGGACCGGAUGAAACAGGAAAUCCUGGAGGAGGUGGUUCGAGAGCUCCACAAGGUAAAAGAGGAGAUCAUUGAUGCUAUCAGGCAGGAGCUAAGUGGGAUCAGCACCACGUAAGAUGGCGCCAGCCUUGGAGGAUCGCGAGGAGCCGUGCUGGCCCCAGCACACAGCGAGCCUGCAGAAGUGUGGAUGUACUUAAGUCUCAACCUGUGAUACAAUAUUAAAAUGAGGAAACAAACUUCAACUCCUGGAUUUUUAGCGUAUCUGACACAGAACACCGGGUCUAUUCUUUUUUGUAUUUUAUAUUUGCUUAUUUAAGUGUACAAUUCUUUGGUUUAUAGAGAGAACACCCCAAAAUCACCUGCUUUAUUAGAUGGCUUCCAAGUUUUCUCCUAGGUGACACUGUUAGCUCCAGAGCUAGCAGUGAGCAGCUGGGUAGCGUGGCCUUUCCACGCCACAGAGCUGUCAGAAUGCAGCUCAGCCCCAGCAGCUAUGGUGUUUCCAGUCUGUCCACGCAGUGCGUGUUGUUAUGUCCACUCGAUAAUAAACCGUUCACUGUCCACAC